GGGGUGUCGUCUAAAGGACCUUGGUAUCAUCGCCAUCUGUGGGUGCACCGGUCAUAUAAUGCCUCAAAGCCUUUCAAGUACUUUCCCGUGAUCGUGGGCAUAAGCAAGCACGGUCCAAGUUCAAUCAGGCGGUAGUGCUGCGGUCCCUGCGCCCACCACCGCUACGCCGACAUCUGUACCUUGCGCGCACAGGCUCCCGGUACUCCCACGUUGGCCAGCUGAUUUUCAGGCCGCGACACAACCCUGUAUGGCCGACGUCAGCGACCUGAGCAAGGGCCCCGUCAUUCAGUGGUGCGCCCGGCUGCUCCUCGGCUGCGGUUUGGUCCUGCUCAUCGUCGUUGCCGGGCUUGGCUGGGGGAAAUGGAAGAUCAGGUCAUUCUUCGCGGGUACAGUUCACCUGUGCUUUGUUCACCACUCAACUUUCUGCGCCAGCUCUCUCGCACUCCGGCUCGGCGAGAAUCCUGUCGUCGACGACAAACACACGCCGGGCAUCCACUUCAUUAUCGCGCUCGUCGCCGUUGGCGAGAGCCACCACAGCUUCCGUCACCAGUUCCCGAUGGACUACCGGAAUACGAUCAGGUAGUACCAGUACAGCCCGACGAAGUCGUUUACUUGGGCGUGUGCAGCUGGGCCUGGCGAGCGAUCUGAAGGUCUUUCCGAGAACGAAGUGAAGAAGGAUCAGCCGACGGUGGAGCUGAAGUAGCUGUAGGCGAUGCAGGACGGCCCUGCGCGGGCACCCGACGUCCAGGAGCUGCCGGUGACUGGCUGGGAGACCUUCCAGGAACCGACCGCCAAACGCCCGCUCAUCGUUAUAGUGGGCUUCAUUCGCUGACUUCUGGACCCGGGCAGGUGCCACCUGCUGGUGAGGUACAUCAGCAAGGUCGCGACGACGGCGUUCUCUUUUUUUUUGUGUUUACGACCACUCGGACACUGCUCACAACUUGCCGCCUUUGAGGCGCGUCGAGAUCCUGCCAGCCUAGAAGAAGUGCGAUCGCACUGGCGCAGCGGCCCCGGGUUGCGUGGUACAGCGAGCUUGGCGAGUCGCCGUGAUGCCGAACAACGAGGGCAUCCUUGGCUGAGCGUCGUCCGCAAGUUUGUGUUUUUUAGUUACCUUUCGAUGACGAGGUUCUCUUGCAUAAAGCUCGGUUUUUGUAUGGAAUCCCUUGCUGUUAGUUUCCCG